UCAGAGGUAACCUGGUAACGAAUCGAAGGCAAAAUCUUUCAACAUAAUGGUUUAUUUUCUCAAAAUUUGUAUCUAUAGACUAUACAGCUCAAGCUAAUUCACCCAUGGUUCCGAAAGAUCUGGGAUGUACAAAUUGCGAGUACAAAGAUUAGAUGAUAUGGCAUCAGAGAAUAGUCCUCUUCUUGGAAGGAGUGAAAAUUUGCAAGUUUCUGAUCACGAACAAAGAGAAGAUAUCAAUGGAGGUAUCAGUAGAAACGGGUUUGAUGUGUCGCCGGAAGACUUAAAAUACGAGGGCACUAUUAGUCGUUCUACUUCAAUCGAACCUGGGAGCUUGCAGAAAAUCUCACCAAAAUUCGAGUCUUUGGACUAUGAUAUCCCAGAAAAUUCUUUGUUUCUCAAAGAACAGAAAUCUUUCACUCCUGAGGAAAUUAUUAAGGUGGACAUUAAUCGAUGGAUUGUCAUGUUCAUUAUUGGUGUUAUAACUGCAUUAAUAGCUGCUGCAAUAGAUAUAUGUAUUGGACUUCUUUCUAAGUGGAAAUAUGACAUCAUCAAGAAAUAUGUAGAGUUGUGCACUGGUAACUACUGCAUGGCAAUCCCAUAUGCAUUAUGGGUAGCUAUUGAUAUCUUUUUUGUCUGCAUUGCCGCAUGUUUGGUGGUCUAUGGAGAGCCUGUUGCGGCUGGAAGUGGUAUUCCUCAAAUCAAGUGUUACCUGAAUGGAGUCAAGGUCCCUCAUGUCGUCAGGAUUAAGACUCUAGUUGCUAAAGUGGUUGGCGUAGUGUUUUCAGUGUCUGGUGGGCUGGCCUGUGGGAAGGAGGGUCCCAUGAUCCACUCAGGGGCUGUGGUUGCUGCAGGUGUAUCCCAGGGGAGAUCCACCACUUUUAACAGGGAUUUCCACAUCUUCGAAAGCUUUCGGACAGACCAUGAAAAGAGGGAUUUUGUGUCCGGUGGUGCAGCAGCUGGAGUUGCAGCGGCGUUUGGAGCUCCCGUUGGAGGCGUCUUGUUCAGUUUAGAGGAAGGAGCCAGUUUCUGGAACCAAGCAUUAACAUGGCGGAUGUUCUUUGGUUCCAUAAUCUCUACGUUUACCCUCAACCUUGUGCUAUCCAUCUACAAGGGAGAAGCGGGGGACCUUUCAAACCCCGGGCUGAUCAACUUUGGAACAUUCACGGGUAAUCCGUACUUUGGCUAUGAGCUCCCCUUGUUUUUAAUCAUGGGGGUCAUCGGAGGCCUUUUGGGCGCUCUGUUCAACGCCAUUAACCACCACCUGACCAUAUUCCGAAUGAGGUUUGUCAAGCGGAAGUGGCUUAGGGUGGUGGAGGCCUGUAUUGUAGCUGCACUUACUGCGUCGUCGUCAUUUGUCCUCAUCUAUUUCAACAAAGACUGCAAUCCAUUGGGCGCUGCUAAUGUCACUGAGGGAUUACAGUUCUUCUGUCAAGAUGGGGAGUACAGUUCAAUGGGCACACUGACAUUCAGUACACCCGAGGAGUCCAUAAAGAACCUAUUUCAUUUACCGCUGGGCGCAUUUAACACACUUUCUCUCUUCCUGUUCUUCUGUGUGUACUUCUUCUUGUCUUGCUGGACGUAUGGACUCUACGUACCCAGCGGGCUGUUCGUGCCGUGUAUCCUUAUAGGGGCGACAUGGGGUCGCAUGUUUGCCACGCUCCUGCACUCGGUCUUCCCUACUGGGUCAUGGUCUACUCCUGGCAGAUACGCCCUGAUAGGGGCAGCUGCUUCGCUAGGUGGUGUAGUGCGCAUGACACUUAGUCUGACUGUCAUCCUCAUGGAGGCGACAAGUAACAUCACGUAUGGAUUACCCAUGAUGCUCGUCCUUAUGAUCGCUAAAUGGGUGGGAGACUUCUUUAAUGAGGGUAUUUACGACAUGCAUAUAAAGUUGCAAGGCGUGCCACUAAUGGGCUGGGACCCUCCUAUCAUGGCGACUGGGAUAUGCGCAAACAACAUCAUGAGCUCCCCAGUGGUGUGCUUUAAUACAGUGGAAAGGGUCGGAAGGAUCUUUGACAUCCUGAAAGAUCCCUCUUCUUAUCACAACGGGUUUCCUGUGGUGGAACCAACUCAACAAAAUCAAAAUUCUAAUUUCUCGACCGAUUCUCCCAAGUUUGGUGUGUUUCGCGGGAUUAUUUUGAGGUCGCAGCUUAUCAUCUUACUUAAACACAAGGCGUUCCGCGAUCAAGAGUUACCCCAAAUCCGAAGGCAUGGUUUGAAACUCAAGGACUUUCGCGAUGCUUAUCCACGUUUUCCGCCAAUUAGGAAAAUCAACAUUACCCAGAGGGAACGAGAGUGCUACAUUGACUUGCGCCCGUUUAUGAAUCCCGCGCCUUACACCGUACACGAGGGCGCGUCAUUAUCGCGCGUUUUUCGCCUGUUCAGGGCCCUGGGACUGAGACACAUCGUUGUCGUGGAAGAUCACAAUGAGGUUACGGGGAUCGUUACUAGAAAAGACCUAGCUCGCUAUAGGAUGUGGAGCCACCGCGGAAGGACUGGGCUCGAAGAAGUACACAUACUACACUUAUCCGAUACGCAUGACGCUUGAGGGAUACCGCUGGCCAUUCCAGACCCGGAUUAUCCAUUUCUAGAUAUCAGUACCGAUAACAUAGAAGACACACCUCUUGGUAGAGAAAUGUGGAUACUCUCAUGUUUGAUUUAAGUAAAUAGCCCGGGAGAGUCCGUAGAGUCUAACCCUUCACCGGAAAACCAAAUUCCUCAUACAAACCUAUCGCAAUGGUAUCCCUUCACUGGAAUUCAAACCGAUACAAACCUAUCGCAAUGGCGGGCGCAUAAACUAGUACUAAACCAAAUAAGACUAAAGAAAGCCUUAAAAGCGAGUUUGUUCACCCGAUAUUGCACAAAUAAAAUACAGAGGUCUGUAUUGGGAAUUUUUGGCUUCCGAUGGAGUUUUGAUACGAGUGGUCAGAUUCGACAAAUUCUUUCCUGAUUUGGCUCUUCAUAUGCGCAUUCAAUUGAAAGUGAGUUGAGGAAAAACUGAAUUAAGAAGUGCAAGAAAUGGACGAUUAAAAAUGUCUGAUUGGCUUCCAAUGCAAAAAGUAAAUAAAGUCAAAAGAGCUUUCUUGAUAAGAUUUAAAAGAAAAAGAUUUAUAUACCUAGUUAUUUAUACGGAAUUUGUCAUACAUACAAUUUUGUCAUUAUGUCGUCAGGAACUCAAUAAUAAAGUGAAAUCAAGUUUUUA